AUGGCGCUCUGCGUCUCGUGCCCCUCCGCGGACAUUCUCUGCCCAUGCGCCCGCCCGCAAGCGAAUGCCUCCCCCGCCGGCGCAUCCCGCUUGCGCUGCCCCUUCCGCGCGCCACCAGUCGCCGCUCUCCCCGCUUCUUCCGCCUUCCUGACGCGCGUUCCGCUGCGCAGCGGCAGGUUGACACGUGUCGACUCCACCUCCCGCCACGUAUCCAAGCGCGCGGUAACUCCGCGCGCCACCGCGGAGGGAAGCGGGGGGAAGCCGCCGGGAGCGGGCGACGGCGAGACGUUCCUAGGAGUGUACGGGCCGUGGAAAAUAGAAGACUCGGACCGCACUGAGGUGUUCCUAUACCGAGCAGGCCUCGUCACAGCAUCCCUCUCCUUCCUCCUAGCAGCCUCCUCCGCUUUCCUCCCCCCAGACUCCCCCCUCCUCCCCCUCUUCCUCCCCGCCCUCGACCCCCUAUUUGCACUCGGCGUCGCCGGUCUAGGGACCGGGGGGUAUGCGGGGAGGGAGGGCGUGGGGGUGGUGGAGUAUGUGGUGGGGCAUGGCGGAGGGGUGUGGGCUGUGGGGCCGCUGUUUGCUGCUCUCACUGGCCUGGUGUUCAAGGAAGGCUUGUGCUACGGCAAGCUAGAGGCGGCGCUACUUGUCUUUGUCAUCCCCACUCUGCUACUGGGCCACCUAAGUGGUCUCAUGGACGUGACAGUGGAGAAGGGACUCCUUGCCGUGUGGAUGGCGCUAUUUGCUGUCUUUGCUGCUCGCAAGUUUACCCAACCCAUCAAGGAUGACAUUGGAGACAAGAGUGUAUUCAUCUUCCAGGCCUUGCCGGAGCAGCAGCAGCAGGAGCUACUUGCACGUCUCAACAUGCAGAACCGGGACUCUGAAUAA